GCGAAGGUCGAGCCCAAGAUGUCAGACGAGCUGAAGAACCUCAUCGUCGCGCCCAUUCGCGCGACCUACCAGAACACGAAGCAGAUCCGCGAGCUCCAGGGGUGCAUCAUCACGACGGUCAGGGUCAGCGACUCGGACCCUUUGGCCGCGGCGAUCGAGAAGGAGAACCGCAACUACGCAAAGGCGAUGCGCAAAGAAGGAGCAUCACAUGCAAGGGGGCCCCUCGCACCUGGAGCUGCUCUCGAGAUGAUGGAGUGCCUGGCCACGCUCGACGUCGGCGGGAAGAGCAAGGAGCAGAUCAACCAGUCCAUCGAGAAGCUCAACCAGAUGGACGAGUACCAGGUGCAGGACGCGCUCCCGAUCUGCAAGAUCGAGAAGGCUUUCAAGAGCGGCCAGGCGAAUAUCCCCUUUCAACUGCAGGGAUCACGAGAUACGCCAGGGCACCAUGACAGCGCUGCACAAUGCCCAGAAGAAGCGUGCGCAGGACCAGCUCCAGAGGGCUUCGGGGAGGACGAGCUCGCGCUGUGGCUCGAUGCGAUCACGGACGACA